CAGGUUCCUCAGGUUGACACAACUUCACUCUUUCUGGAGGUUUUUACAUACAGGAAGAUGGGAUCACAGACAAAGAGCAGUCUGGACAUCCAUCUGUUGGGGCCACUCUGGAUCCUGACCUCCGUCCUGCUGGCCACGGCUCUGGUCCUCCCCGCUGUGAGUCUGGACAGCCUGCUGUGUUACUACUGUCCUCUGCAGCACAAAGGCAAGUCCUGCCCCAACUUCACCAGCCAGUGUCUGCCCGAUCAGCGCUGUUCCAGCUCCAGAGGACACUACGGCUCGCUCCACAUCCUGUCUGCUCAGGGCUGCGUGGACACUGAACUGUGUGGCUCCCAUGAAAUCACCUCUUAUCGGGGGGUCAAGUACAACGUCAGCCACACCUGCUGCUGCAAAGACAAAUGCAACAGCCGACCAAAGUCUGACGUCAACCUGAAGAUGCUACUGGGGAUGCUCGCACACAAACUACAUUGCCCUAACAUGCUUAAUGAUCUUAGAGAGGAGUUUAGGGAUUCAUGUGCAAAUUACACAUCUUCAAAAAGAUCCACACUUCCUGUCACUGCAUCAUAGAAGUGUUUGCAGGAGGCUCGGGAGAGGCCUGUUAGCCAUAGGCACUUACCUGAGCCUCCAAAAGCUCACACAUAUUCGGUCAAAUGUGUGUAUUUUUGCUAAAUGAAUGUGUAAAUAAGAAACAAAAUGCAACGUCACCAGUGUUUUAUGUGAUUAUAUGUUUACUCCAGAGAGAUAAGGGUGGACUUGUCAGCCAUCCUCCUGGUAUGAUUGAGUAAAUGCUGACAUUAUUUCUGUGGUUACUGUUGCAUUCAGCAAAAAUAAAAGAACCAUGAUUAAGCCA